UAUGAUUCUCAAACUGUGAAUCUUUAAAUGAGACUUUGUUGUUAUUAAUUUAUUUUUGGUUAUUGGAAAACUGUGAAUUCAAGAGAUUUUUAUUCUUGGCUCUUCUCCUUUUUGCACAUUUUUCCUUUCUAUCAACCGUGUUAAAUCUAAAGACUGAUUAAGGAGAUUCGUUUUUGCAGUAAAGACUGAUUUGAUAGCACCCUGUUCAGUGCAACACGCUCGUUUUUGGCUAUUUAAUUUUUUAAUGCUCCUGGCUUUUGCUGUUAAAGUAUUUUCAAAUUCCAACUCAUCAUGAUAUUUCAAACGAACCUGAAGGCAGUCAUGUAUGACAUUUGAUCCAAUUUUUCAUCAGCAAGAUUAAUGUCAUGUUUAUUGGCAAGUUCUUACGUUGAGGGUCAGCUUAGGCAACUAUCUAAAAAUGAAGGAAUUAGAAAACUGUGAUCACAAUGGACCAAUCUUAUAUGUUCUGGUUGUUGGAUUUCAUCACAAAAAAGGCUGUUUAAUUGAAUACUGCUUCCCAAAAAUGAGGCACACAGAAGAUUCAGAUGGUAAAGAAAGUGAUAUGGAUGGAAACGAUGACUCAACAACCAAUGAAAAUGACAAUAAAAAGCCUUUCAAACUACCCAAAGUUUGGCGGACUUUACCAUCAAUAGCUUUACCUGAUGGUGCUCACAAUUAUGAUCGUGAUACAAUUUACUUUCAUCUUCCACAUCCUGAUAGGCCGCUAUCCACAAUUUAUGGCAUCUCAUGUUAUCGUCAAAUUGCUUCGGACCGACUGCAUCGUAAAACUGAUGAUGUAACUCGGGGAACAGUUCAGAAAAGUGUUGUCCUGCUCAGUGAAUUACCGUUAUAUGGUUUAAUUGCUGCUAAAUGUGAAAUGAUUACCUACGCCUACUUCAAUGAGUUUGAUUUUUCCAAGGUAGACUGUUUAAAGGAGCUUUAUUUCAAUUUGAAUGGGUUAUUGACCGAAGAAUAUCUUAAUUCCAGUGAAGUUUUUCUUGGACUUUCCCCUCGUGAUCUAAUUGCUACAUUCCAACAUAAAAUACUCAUUCUUUUUAAAUUAAUUCUACUCGAAAAAAAGGUUUUAUUUUAUAAAUCACCUGUUAAAGACUUAUGUACCAUUAUCUUGACAUUACUUUCUUUAUUUCCCGGUAUGAUUGAAGAAGGCGGUCUCGAUUACUCUUCAACCUCAGUUGUACCAAAACCAUCAAGUGGUAGAAAAUUCUCAGGAGAUAUUGAACUUCUUGAUCCUUUAAUUCAAGAAAUAGAUGCUAAGGAAAAGGAGUUGAAUUCUUCAAGAUCUAAAUUAAAGUCUGAAACAAUUGAAGACUCUGCAAUCUCUGAUAAUACUGACCGAGAAAAAGACGAUGAGCUUUUACUAGCAGAGAAAGAGGAUUGUCCUAAUAAUAAAGAAGAAGAAGAAGUAAGCACCGAAGGAAUCACCGAAGGAAUAACUGAAGAAAUCAUUGAAGGAAUUAUAAAUCAAGAAAAUGAAUCCGACGAGCCCGAUUCAUCAAUGAUUACUGCGAAAGAUAAAAGUGAAGAAGUGAAAAUAGUAACAGAUAGUGAUGAUAACAAGACUGAACAAAUUGAAGUAUUUGAUGAUAUUGACAACGAUGUAUUGAACAUAAGUCAUGAUGAUAUUGAAGUAAAAGAAGAUCAAUCAAAAGAUUCUCAAGAACAUACUGGAUCAUCAACCCCACCACUUUUCAAAUUACCUCUAUCAGAAUGUGGUUUACCUCUUAGGAUAUUUGGCAAUGGUUCUUUCUGUCAUCCAUAUUUGUCAAUAACUUAUUUGGAUAUUUUGAGUGACUCCAGAGUUAGAUCUUGUGUCGUCGGUGCUACUAAUUUUCUAUUCAAACAAAAGAGAAAUUUAUUUGACAUUAUAAUCGAGGUUGAUGGAGCCAAAAUUGAGAUUAAUGAUCCCGAAUUAAGGAAAAGAGUUACCCUUUCAACGGAAGACCUAAGAUUUGCAGACUAUCUGGUAAAGGCAGCACUGGAAGGGCAGGUAAUUAAUAAAAAUUCUAAUACUGUUCAACUUGUACCAAAUGAUGGUUCUUCUUGGGAGGGGUGUGAUGAUUGGCUACGCUAUCAGUUCAAAAUAUAUCUUCUUCAUCUUCUCCGGACAUCUCAAUGUGAAGAAAAUAGCAAAGAAUAUGCUUCUUUCAAUUCACUCUUCAUGGCCAGUUGGAAGGAAACUUACAAUUAUCGUCUAUGGUCGGCUCUUUCAAAACCUGGUAUUUUUGAGGUUAAUCCUGGUCACCCAUUCCAUGGACAGUUGAGCAUUGCUGAUAUGAAACUCAAACUAUCUCAAGCCUUUUCGAAUACCGAAAGGGGUAAAAAACUUAAUCAAACAUUGGGCCAAACUAGUAAAGCUGUUGGAGGUGCACUUAGUUCAGCUAAAACUGCAGUUUCUUCUUGGUGGUCUUCUCAAUGGAAUUCAACCAAUAGAGCUAGAGAUGUUUCUCCUACUAAUACUUCAUCCUAUUCCCUAUCUGGUCUUCUCAAAUCAUUGGAUAAAAAUUCAUCAGAGGAACCGGCACCUAAAGAAGAUGUUUAACUUCAAAUUGAACAAGCUUAACAUUUCCAAUUUCUAGUCUGUACUAAUUACUGUUCUCAAUGCAAUGUGAUUUUUUGUGUGAAUGUAAACAAAGACGUAUUAAUAUAAUAUUUAUAAAAAUCAAUGUCAAAAUGAAUUUGACAACAAUUCUUAUCAUGAAAUCUAUUAUAUGAAACUUACCAAAUAAAAUCAUAAGAUGUACCAUGAUGUUCAAUUUCUUUACCAAUGAACAAUUCAAUAAACAAAACCAUU